AUUGGUUUAUUCUUCAGAGUUUGGUGUAAUGCCGGAGAUAGCUCAGGCUAUCGACGAGAUGGAAUGGAUGCUACCGACCGAUGUUCAGGCCGAAGCAAUACCCUUGAUUCUUGGCGGAGGUGAUGUACUGAUGGCGGCCGAAACGGGUAGUGGCAAAACCGGCGCCUUUUGUUUGCCGAUUCUGCAAAUUGUGUGGGAAACGCUGCGCGACAUCAAAGAAGGCAAGACGGGAAGGGCCACUUCAAACAAAGGACAACCGUGGACAUUCUCGUACACCGACCGUGGCCAGGCAAUGGCUAUUACGCCGGAUGGAUUGCGAUGCCAAUCGCGGGAAAUUAAAGAAUGGCACGGAUCUCGUUGUACCACCGGUGUGCGCGGCAAGGGUAAAUACUAUUACGAAGCGACUGUGACGGAUGAAGGAUUGUGCCGUGUGGGCUGGUCGACGGAACUGGCCAGUCUGGAUCUUGGAACCGAUCGUUUCGGGUUCGGAUUUGGUGGUACAGGCAGAAAAUCGAACUGCAAGCAAUUUGAUGUGUAUGGAGAAGCUUUCGGCAAACAAGACGUCAUAGGAUGCAUGCUCGAUCUGGAUAGUAGGGAAAUUGGUUUCACCAAAAAUGGCGUGUUUCUCGGUACAGCGUUCAAACUGAACGAAUCAGAUGCAAAGAAUAACUCCUACUAUCCGGCCGUUGUGUUGAAGAACGCGGAAAUAGCGUUUAACUUUGGACAAACCGAUUUCAAACACCCAUUGCCGGCCGGCUACACGCCCGUGUGUAGCGUUGCCAAGGAGAAUCUGGCGGAAAAUCCCAACACGGGCCCAUCGGGCAGUGCGGAAGGUGAGGCCGCCAAACCGAAACCGAAUGCUCCGCAAGCGAUAGUCAUCGAACCGUCGCGAGAGCUGGCGGAGCAAACGUUUAACCAGAUUCGAAAGUUUAAGAAGCAUCUGAAAGAUCCGGAAGUUCGCGAACUGUUGCUCAUUGGUGGAGUAAAUGUACGUGAGCAGAUGGAAGUGCUGCAGCGUGGAGUAGACAUCAUUGUCGCAACACCCGGUCGACUGGAAGAUCUCAUCGGGGGCGGCUACGUGCUGCUGAAUAGCUGUAGAUUUUUCGUGCUAGACGAAGCGGACGGAUUGUUGAAGCAAGGGUACACCGACAUGAUCGACCGGCUGCACAAACAGAUACCGAAGAUAACGGCCGAUGGGCGCCGGUUGCAGAUGGUUGUCUGCAGUGCCACACUGCACUCUUUCGAGGUGAAGAAGAUGGCCGAACGGUUGAUGCAUUUCCCAACGUGGGUCGAUCUGAAGGGCGAAGACGCUGUUCCGGAAACGGUCCAUCACGUAGUGUGUAUGGUCGACCCGCAGAAAGACACAAGCUGGCAGUCGAUGCGUACGCACAUCCAGACGGACGGUGUGCAUGCACGGGACAAUGUGCGCCCGGGGUCCAACACUGCGGAAACGCUUUCGGAAGCAGUAAAAAUGUUGAAGGGAGAAUACACCCUGAAAGCGAUCGAGGAACAUAACAUGGAUCGCGCGAUUAUUUUCUGCCGCACAAAAUUGGACUGCGACAAUAUGGAGCGCUAUCUGCGGCAAAUCGGUGGUCAAAAGUAUUCAUGCGUGUGUUUGCAUGGCGACCGAAAUCCGAAGGAGCGUAAGAUUAAUCUAGAGAAGUUUAAGAACAAGGAGGUUAAAUUCCUGAUCUGCACUGAUGUCGCUGCCCGUGGCUUGGACAUUACCGGUUUGCCGUUUAUCAUUAACGUGACGCUGCCGGAUGAAAAGUCGAACUAUGUGCACCGUAUUGGACGUGUUGGGCGUGCUGAUCGGAUGGGAUUAGCAUUUUCGCUGGUUGCAUCAGUGCCGGAAAAGGUUUGGUACCACGGACAAUGGUGCUCGUCGCGUGGCAAAAACUGUUGGAAUACCGAGCUAACGGACGUGAAGGGAUGUUGCAUGUGGUACGACGAAAAGAUGUACCUUGCCGAAAUCGAGGACCAUCUGACGGUGACCAUACCCCAGAUUGAAAAAGACAUGAAGGUUCCGUUGAACGAAUUCGAUGGUAAGGUGGUGUAUGGUGAGAAGCGUAUGAACACUGGAACUGGCUAUAAGGACCACGUGGAACAGCUAGGUCCGGUUGUGCGUGAAUUGGCUCGCUUGGAACGAGAGGCUCAAACGCUAUAUCUCAAGCGAUUGGCGGUGUAG